GGUGUUGGUGACCUCCAUCAUCAGUUGUCGGUGGACAGUCAAAUCAAUCGAACGUGGUGCUCCUCGCGUUCCAAAAAAUGUUUAGCUUGUUGGAUUUCACAUUUCUGGUGGCGGCACUGGCCGCCGGCUUGUACUACUAUCUCGAUCGGAAGCGCUCCUACUGGCAGGAUCGUGGUGUGCCCGGUCCGAAGGGUGAGCUGCUGUUCGGGAACUUUGGCUCGAUCGGCACGAAGGAACACAUUACCGUGCCGUUUAAGAGGAUCUACGAUGACAACAAGGGCAAGCAUCCGUUCGCGGGCAUGUAUCAGUUCGUGAAGCCGGUGGCACUGAUCACCGAUCUGGAGCUGCUGAAGUGUGUGUUUGUGAAGGAUUUCCAGUACUUCCACGAUCGCGGUACGUUCUACAAUGAGCGGGACGAUCCACUGUCGGCGCAUCUGUUCAAUCUGGAGGGUCAAAAGUGGCGCUCGUUGCGCAACAAACUCUCGCCCACGUUCACGUCCGGCAAGAUGAAGAUGAUGUUCCCCACGAUUGUGACUGCCGGCAAACAGUUUAAGGACUUUAUGGAGGAAACGGUGCUGCGUGAGAACGAGUUCGAGCUGAAGGAUCUGCUGGCACGGUUCACGACGGACGUGAUCGGGAUGUGUGCGUUCGGCAUUGAGUGUAACAGUAUGCGCAAUCCGGACGCGGAGUUCCGUGCGAUGGGCCGCAAGAUCUUUGAGAUCUCGCCCGGUACGUUCAAGACGAUGAUGAUGAAUGGAAUGCCCGAGUUGGCGAAGAUGCUGCGCAUGACACAAACCGACAAGGAUGUGUCGGACUUUUUCAUGAACGCGGUACGGGACACGAUCAACUAUCGCGUGAAGAACAACUUGCAGCGCAAUGACUUUGUCGAUCUGCUGAUCAAGAUGAUGAGCAAAGACGGAGAGCAGUCGGACGAUGAUUCGCUAACGUUCAACGAAAUUGCUGCACAGGCGUUUGUGUUUUUCCUGGCCGGGUUUGAGACUUCGUCGACUCUCCUCACCUGGACGCUGUACGAGCUGGCGCUGAAUCCAGAGGUACAGGAGAAAGGUCGUGAGUGUGUGAGAGAAAUCCUGCAAAAGCACAACGGAGAGAUGACGUACGAUGCGGUCGUGGAGAUGAAGUAUCUUGAUCAAGUUCUUAAUGAAUCACUGCGCAAAUAUCCACCAGUCCCGGUACAUUUCCGUGUGGCUUCGAAAGACUACCACGUCCCCGGUACGAAAUCCGUCCUGGAGGCCGGUACAGCCGUCAUGAUCCCAGUGCAUGCCAUCCAUCGCGAUCCGGAAGUGUUCCCCAACCCGGAACAGUUCGAUCCGGAGCGUUUCAGUCCGGAGCAGGAAGCAAAGCGUCAUCCAUACGCUUGGACACCGUUCGGGGAGGGUCCGAGGAUAUGUGUAGGGCUGCGGUUCGGUAUGAUGCAGGCCCGUAUUGGGCUGGCGUAUCUGCUGGAUGGGUUCCGGUUUGCGCCGAGCUCGAAAACCGUCAUCCCGAUGGAACUCUCGAAGGAGAGUUUCAUUAUGGCACCGAAGGGUGGGCUGUGGUUGAAGGUGGAUAAGAUUUAGAGCGUGUUCUAGUCACUUAGCUGGUAAGAUCUGUAGAGUUUACGAAUGAAAUAGUAUUAUAUGUGAGACUAGUCAAUUAAUACAGUUUUUAAAUAAAUUUUUAUACUAAAAUUUUA